AUGAACCCUGAAAACAUUCCUGAUCCGGAGACAAUCAUUAGGUACAAAUUAAACUCAAAAAGAGUUAUACUGAACGUUGGUGGGGUUAAACACGAGGCCAUGUGGCGAACCCUGGAUCGACUGCCUCACACGCGGUUGGGUCGUCUUCGAUACUGCAACACCCACGAGUCCAUAAUGGAAAUAUGUGACGAUUACAGCUUAUCGAAUAUGGAGUUUUAUUUUGAUCGACAUCCACGCACGUUUGCAUCUAUUUUAAAUUUUUACCGAACUGGUCAUCUGCAUUUGGUUGAAGAAAUGUGCGUUUUAUCAUUUGGUGAUGAUUUGCAAUAUUGGGGAGUUGAUGAAUUAUACUUGGAGUCUUGUUGCCAACAUCAAUAUCAUCAGAGAAAAGAUGGAGUGUUUGAAGAGAUGAAAAAAGAAGCCGAAACUAUGCAAGUAAGAAUAGAAGAGGAUUUCGGAAACUGGCCAUGUUCCGAAUGGCGUAAAAAGUUAUGGGAUUUACUUGAAAAACCACAAUCUUCGAUGGGAGCUCGAAUAUUUGCCAUUAUAUCUAUCUUUUUUGUCAUCGCAUCCACCAUCGGGUUAACGCUGAACACAAUGCCUUCUUUACAACACCAUGAUGAGUUUAACGAAACUGCAGAGAACGAAGUUUUGGCUGGAGUUGAAGCGUCGUGCAUCGGUUGGUUCACCCUAGAAUACGUUUUACGAUUUUGGGCCUCCCCUGACAAAUGGAAAUUUUUUAAAGGUGCCCUUAAUUUUAUUGACUUGCUGGCCAUACUGCCGUAUUAUAUUUCUCUUGGCUUCGAUAAACAUAGCGAUAGCACAGAACAAUUUCAAAAUGUACGUCGUGUCGUACAACUCUUCCGUAUAAUGAGAAUUUUGAGAAUUCUUAAACUAGCUCGACACUCAACUGGUUUGCAAUCUCUAGGUUAUACGCUACAACGCAGCUAUAAAGAGCUAGGACUACUUAUGAUGUUUUUAGCGUUAGGCAUUUUAGUUUUUUCCAGCUUGGCCUAUUUUGCCGAAAAAGAUGAAAAUCCAGCAUUUGCCAGCAUUCCAGAAACUUUUUGGUGGACCGUAAUAACAAUGACAACUGUCGGCUACGGAGACGUAUUCCCUCGAACCUUCUGGGGUAAGGUUGUAGGUGCCAUCUGUUGCGUUUGCGGAGUGUUAGUUGUUGCGCUGCCCAUUCCUAUCAUUGUGAACAACUUUGCUGAAUUUUACAAAGAUCAAGUCAGACGAGAAGAAGCUCUCAAAAGAAGGAAGGCCCUAGAACUAAUCGAGAGAGAAAAUUCAGAACCUGCCUCUCCCACACAGAGCGAACGUGAAUUUACGUCCAUGGCGCAAAAACGAACUCUUUGCGUCAAUCAAAUACCAGUCUCAACUGAAUCCAACGUUUAUGAAAAAAUGGUGAAGAGUACGUCUUCACUCUUGCGUAUUGAAACCGUCGAGAUAAUGCCUGAAAAUUUGACAGCCCAAUACAAAAUUGAAAUGACGCCCAAAAAAGUUGUCCGAAGAACGAACAAAAAAUUAAAUUCUACAGGCACAACGACAAGCUUGACAAACAAUAAUGCUACCAAAUAUGUGUCUUCCAAUAACCAGGUCAGAUAUAUUUUUUUUAAAUAA